ACGUUUAAACAUUCACGAAGUUACUAUUCAAUGCAGAACCAACAAGAAAAAACACCAACAGAAUUCUUAAAUAAUGUCAUUGGUAGGCCUGUACUUGUUAAGUUGAAUUCAGGUGUUGACUAUCGAGGAAUUCUAUCUUGCUUGGAUGGUUAUAUGAAUAUUGCUCUUGAACAAACUGAGGAAUGGGUUAAUGGUCAACUUAAAAACAAGUAUGGUGAUGCAUUCAUACGCGGAAAUAAUGUUUUGUACAUCAGUGCUGAUAAAUCUAGAUAACUUCGAAUAUAUUGAUAUAUUGUGUUCUUUGUACUGUUCUUUGUAUAAGGAGAAACUUUUACUUAAUUAUGUUUUUCAUCAGGUAAAUUUUGAUCUUCUUAAUAUUUUUAAUAAUGUUGAUAUUAUAUAUGUAAAUAAUAAAUGAAUUAAUGAAUUGAUAUUCGUUUUAAAUAAUAGAAAUUAAUUCG